CAAAAGAAAAAAAAAGAAGGAACCGAUCGAACUUAGAAGGAGAGUAGGAGACAGACGGAAGAAGCAUUCGGAUUUGCCGAUUUGGAAGAAGCCGAAGAAGAACCGAUUUGACGAUUCACGAAAGACGACGCCGCCGUACGCCGACCUCCAGCCUCCAGGUAUUUUUCCGCCUGUCUCCUUCGAUAGAACUUCUUGAAUCCUCGUCUAGCUUUUACGGUAUGUAAUUAUAAUACUAUAAUUUUGUCAUAUUUUUCCUAAUAAUAUUGCGUUAAUUAUCAUUUAAAUAUAAAUAGUUUACAUAUGUUAAUUUGUUAGAUCAUUAGGGAUACGAUUUUUAGGGCCUUUUUUCUGUUUCGGCCCAGGCAUAUGAAUUCUCAGGACCGGCCCUGUACUUAAUAAUGUUUUGUGGGAGAAAUAAUGCCCAGUGAUGGUGGACAUUUACUUGAAUAAUAACUAAUGGAUAAUGACCAAAGGUCUUACUUUGGGAAAUAAAAACAUAUCGUCUUAUAUUGAGAAAGUCAUUAUGUUUUAGUCCUAUUUAGGCAAAUUUCCCAUACAGAAAAUGAUGAUUAGAAAUCACCCUAAAUAUGACUAAAACAUAAAGAAAAGUACCAAAAUAGGACAUUCAUGUUUUUAUUCUCGAAAUAAGGUUUCACACCGUUGUAAUGUGACAGUGUACAUGUGCAUAUUACUAUAUUUUUGGUAAUGUACAUGACCAUGUCUGAUAAUGUAAAUGCAUUUUUACUCAUAUUUCGGGAAUAAAAAUAUGAAAGUCCUAUUUUGGUAUAUUUUUAAUGUUUUACUCCUAUUUUUAUCUUGAAAUUUUAAAAAUACUUCUUUAACGUAUAUGAAGAUCCACUAUAAACUUUUGAUUGCAUGUAAUAAUUUGUCCUCAAACUUUCAACCAAACACAACCAAAUACAACAAAAUCUGAACCCUUAUGUUCUCGCCAUACGUUCAAAACGAAAUAAGGAAAGGUUUUCUUAAGUUUGAAAACCCCUUUUUACUUUUCCUUUUAAAACCUCCGUCUCUGGCCAUUCCCCGCGGGCCGCCGGCGAUCUCGACGGUGAAGAAACAGAGAAUGGCUAGCUACUCACAUUCACACUAAUGGUCUUCGCCUUGAGGUAAUCUCCAUUCCCUUUGUUUAGUUGUUUUCGCCAUUCUUUUUUCCCCUCCCUAUUCUCAAUGCUUUUGCUCGUUAUACUCCACGGAAGGCUCUUUCUUCCUCACCUCUUCUGUCUGUGAGGGGGAAUCUAAUAAAAUAAUAUAGCAAACAGAUUUUAUAGAUUUGGACUAAAUUUCAAGAACCUGCUAGAAGUUAAACUGUGCAACUUUGAAUUCAGUGUGUCAAUUUUUGUUUUGAAUUCUAUUAAUUCAGUUACAGUACAAUUUUUCUAUAUACUCGUAUAAAUUCUAAAAUUUCUUUUUUAUGCAACUUGUUUGUAAAGUUCAUUUCUUGAAUGUUAUUCUUCCUUUGUAUUAAAAGUAGGCAUAGUUUUCGGGGUAGGGUUGCAGUUCUCAUCUAUCCUAUUUGAAUGCCUUUGAUUUAGUGUAGCUUUUGAAGGCAAGUAUUGCUGGUUCUCCAGGUCCUCUUUGAAAUAGCCUCUCUAUCUCUUGAAUAGCAGAUCUUAGCAGGCGGGAGAGAGCAGAGGUUGCUGAUGACCAUUGCCCCUAAAAGCAUAAGAGUUGCCCACCGGCUUCCUCUUUUUGCCCCUCUUCUCCUUCUUUCCCUAAGUUCUCUUCCCAACUCUCUUAUCAUACUUGCACCGUUACCGUGUCUUAUUUGGUUUUCUCUUUGUUAUUGUGUCAAAUUUAGUGUCUGUUUGGCGGGCAGUUUUUCGGCUUAUCGGCUUGGUUUUUCACCAAACUAAUUUAUUUGUGUUGGGUGUUAGCUGACACAGCUAUUGAUUUUUUUUAAAAUUUAGCGUAGAAGUUACAUUUUUGACUGAACUGUAUGAAAUUAAAAUUAAAAAAAGAAACCUAUUUUAAAUAAAUAUUUUGGAUAUUUCAUCAAUUUCAGCAGCCAGUUUAGGCAUAUUGUCUUGGGAUGAAAAUGUAAAUGUUUGUAUUCAAGAAUCUUGUAUCUAUAUAUGGGUGUCUAGGAGUGUUUGGGAGGUCUGGAAUUUUGAGGUUAGGGCAGCACAAAAGGGGAUUCGUUGGGGUUUGUUUGGAUAAGAGGAUGGAUUUGGGGGUGGAGGCUGAUAAGAUGGGAAUGGUGAGACCAGCAGUGGAAGGUUAUCUUGAAGCCGCGGUUGAAGCUAUAAAGUCCGGGCAUGUUAUUGCUGUUCCCACGGACACUCUCUAUGGCUUUGCUUGUGACGCUUGUUCUGCUAAGGCAGUUAAUCGUAUCUAUGAGAUUAAAGGGCGUAAGUAUACAAAUCCACUUGCGAUUUGUGUUGGGGAUGUUGAAGACAUACACAAAUAUGCUGUCACUGAUCAUUUACCCCGCGGCUUGCUUCACUCUCUCCUUCCUGGUCCUGUUACUCUGGUGCUAAGCCGAGGUGAGUCGAGUAUUCUCGAUAAAUCUUUAAACCCUGGACUUGAGAGCAUAGGGGUAAGAGUACCCGAUAAUACCUUUAUUAGGGCACUAUCCGGCUGUUCUGGAAGUGCACUUGCCCUAACAAGUGCAAACCUUAGCGGGCAGCCCAGUAGCAUUGUGAUCAGAGAUUUUGAGAGCCUCUGGGGUCACUGCGCUUACAUCUUUGAUGGUGGCGUGCUUCCAUCCGGACGGGCAGGUUCAACAGUGGUCGAUCUCACUAAGCAAGGAAAGUACAAGAUCUUAAGACCUGGAAGCUCCUUGGAAGAGACAGUCGGAAUCCUCCAACAGUACUCAUUAGUAGCCGCAGAUGAGAGCUGAGAGAUGGACUAUAUGGGCCUGUAUGGUAAUAGCUUUAGAGAUUAGCGUUAGCGUUUUGAAAAGGCUAUCUACGGGCAGUGUUUAGCGUUAGCGCUUUCAAAGUAAUCUGCACCGUUAAAAUUUUAUCCAAAAAGCUAACGCUAAUUUCUAACGCUAUUCCCAAACAGGUCCUAUAUGUGAAGCUCUAGAGUUUUAUUUUUGAUAAUAUAGUUGUGAUAGUACCUUGUCAUAAUCAGUGCUUUCAUUUGUGUGUUUUCAUUUGUAAAAUUUGUUAGUUUUAGAGGUUGAUUGAUAGUGUAUUUGGUAAGUAAUUCUCAAUUUGGGCAUGAAAAUUAGAAAGUGUGCAAUUCUUGUGUACAUGGGUAUUUUAUAUUUAUUGCGAGUUAGUGAACACU